UUUGUGGUCGUCUCACACUUGUGUUGUUGUCGGCCACGUCGGUGGUGCGUUUUUCGGCCGAAAUUAGGCUUUUGCUGACUAGAGAUUCGGCAAUCGCAGCCACAUCGGCAUGGGAGGGUCACAAAGCGUUGAAAUCCCUGGGGGUGGUACGGAGGGGUACCACGUCCUCAGGGUACAAGACAACUCGCCAGGACAGAAGGCCGGACUGGAAGCAUUUUUCGAUUUUAUCCUUGCCAUUGGAAAAACAAGAUUGGAUCAAGAUAAUGACACACUUAAAGAACUCUUGAGAACGUCUGUUGAUACUGAUGUGGACAUGCUGGUCUAUUCAAGCAAAACGCAAUCAGUCCGUUCAUUGCAGGUGCGCCCAAAUGCACUGUGGGGUGGACAAGGCCUGCUAGGAGUCAGCAUCCGCUUCUGCUCCUUCCAGGGCGCGAGUGAAAACGUUUGGCAUGUUCUGGACGUGCAGCCCAACUCCCCGGCAGAGAAGGCUGGAUUGCGGUCAGAAUCCGAUUACAUCAUUGGAGCCGACUCGGUGCUGCACGAGUCGGAAGACCUGUACUCUCUUUUGGAGGCACACGAAGGCCGCGCCCUCUCGCUCUAUGUGUACAAUAGUGAAGAUGAUGCCUGCAGACAGCUCACACUUAUCCCUAAUAGGACCUGGGGUGGUGAAGGAAGUCUUGGUUGUGGAAUCGCGUUUGGCUAUCUGCACAGAAUCCCGAUUCGAAGGCAGCAGCCGCAGCAGCACCAAUUGGCGCCGAAAACCCCAAGCCCUGAACACACGCCGCUCCUGCCAAGCGCCCCAUCCGCGUCCAGCGAAGUCCCUGCAGUUGAAACUUCGGCGCCACCUCCUGUAGAGCCAGCAAAAGAAGUUGUCGAGUCGCCGAUUGUUCCCUCAGCACCGCUCCCUACUGAAUAUGCGCCUCAGUCAAAUGCUGCGCAGUUGGUAGCCGCGUUUGGACCACCUCUAACAGAGCCGCUGCCACCAUCAGCGUUCCAACCACCUCCAGUGGCAGCUCCCGUACCAGAGCCACUCCCGCAAAUGGCCAUGCCCUCGUCAGUGCCCAUGUACAACGUCGCGUUCCCAACGCCAGGCUUCGUUCCGCCAGGAGGACUGCCACACGCUCCAGCGGCCAUAUUCAAUCCUUAUCAGGCUCCGACUGAGACCACCCUUCCUCCUCAGCAACCAACUCCUGCAACAGCCCCAGUGCAGCCACCCCCAGUCAACAAUUUCAGUCUGCCUGCUGGCAUGCCUCUUGUAACAACACCCAUCAAUCUGCCUGGCUACCCCCCAAUCACCGUGUCAGCGUCAGUUCCGUUGGACUCGUUCUCGACAGACGCCCCGAACAAUGCUGGUGCCACUACAGGUCUCAGCCGCUAUUUCAACACUCAGCACACAUGAAGCUGCCGGCAUUUUGUAAAUAUCUCCAAGUUUGCUAAAGAGGUGCGAAUUUGUCAUUUCGGGCGACUGAAUUCUUCAGACUUUUCACGUUCGCUAAAUUUGGAUGUCUUAUUGUGUUGGGAUAUGUUUCGAGUGAUUCAAAUAUUAUAGAGAAAUAAAUAUCAUGUUGACUCUUAAGUUAUAGCUGUUUGAGAUGAAAAUAAACAACACGUGAUAAUUUAUACAA